GCCAGUCGACAAACCCAUUUCUCCUGGUGGACGUGGUUUUACACGCUGUACACUUUCGAGAUUAUUUCCCAAACUGACUUUGCAUCUAUUGUCAUACUGAGUUUUGGGCAGAGAAGGCCAACUGAUGUCCGUGCAGUAAGGGUUGAGGAUAAAACACAGUUUGCAAAGAUGCAAUGGAAGGCCACGGGAGAACAAUAGCCAACAGAUUAGUUCAAUAUUUGAACUCCUCUGAUAAAUAAGAUCUUGUCGCUGAUUUCAAGGCAAAGGCAGCUUUUCCGAAGAAGCGGCGGACCAUGGCAGCUGUGACAAGCCCGGAGACCACCCCUCAACCUCGGGUAUACUUCAAAACCCCUCCGGGCACGGGAGACGAAGUUCCCCAGAAACAAGGGCGAGUGACAGUCAAAUACGACAGGAAAGAAUUGAGAAAAAGACUGAACCUGGAGGAGUGGAUUGUCGGGCAGCUCACUCAGUUAUACGACUGUGAGGAGGAAGAGGUUCCUGAGUUGGAGAUCGAUGUUGACGAACUCCUUGACCUGCCCAGCGAUGUAGACAGGGCACUCAAAGUCAAGGGGCUGCUGGCAGACUGCUUCAAGCCCACAGAUGACUUUGUAGCCGCCUUGCUGGAGCGCGUGCGAGGGAUGCAGAAGCUCAGCACCCCCCAGAAGAAAGGAGAGGUCACCCCCUGAACCCCCCCCCCCC